AUGCGGCUUGUGCUCAAUGCUACGGCGCUGCUCUGCUUCCUGGAAUGUGCCGCGGCCCACACAAGCCAUACCAGCCAUUCCGAUCAUGACCAUGGAAGCCACUCGGACGAGUCAAGCCACUCGGACGGGGAGGGCCACUUCGAGGCGGCCGCGGUGUACGACGUGGAGGCGGGCACCAACUCUCUGGCGGCCUACCCCGGGGGGGGAAGCUUCGAGGAAGUGACUUUCGCGUUCAUGGUUGUACCCGCUGCUUCUGCGGACCUUGAGGGACUAGGGGCAGCAGAGGAGGACGCUGAGGCUGCGUGGGACGAGUACACCAGCGGCGCCGAAGAUGCUACCGUUCUGGCUUCCGGGGAGUCGGCCACCCCGUCCGCCGACGUGGUCUACCAGGUCACUCUCGAGGACCCCCUGGUGCUGGUGCCGGUCGACGUUACCGCCGCCGGCGCGUACGCCGUCUUCCUGGAGCACGGGAGCGACGAAGUGGGCACCGCUCUUGUUUCCCCCUCGGGCGACGUCUUGGUGGUCGGGGCGGAGGAGGGUGGGGACGAUGACGGGGACGACGAGGAGGAGGAAGUGGAGGAUGAGACAGGGACUGCAACGGCGGGCAAGUGGGGGAACGCGCUUGUGGCGUCGCUCGUCGUGUCGGCUUGCAGCUUCGCCGGUAUCGUGGUGGUGGCCAGCAAGCACGUGGCGAACAACGUCGACCUCUCGCACGCCUUCGUCUUCGCGUCCGGCGCGCUCCUGACGGCCGCCCUGCUGCACAUCAUCCCCGAGGCGCUUGAGGGCCUCGAGGAGUCGUACGACAGCCUCCACGACCUGGGUCUGUACGCCGGCCUGGCCGUCAUGGGUGGCAUGUCCCUGGGCAUCGUCCUCCACGCUCUCUUGGAGUCGGGCCACUCCCACUCCCCGGGCGAAAGCCAGUCACACGCGCCGGGAGCGGUCGAAUCGGGAGGCGGCGGCGCCAAGGCAUCCGCAGAUACCGGCACGACGGAGGCUACCCUCCCGCCGUCCCCCGUCGAGUCUAACUCGGACAAUCUCCAGGCGUUGAUCGCCGCGAGAGAGGGGAAGUCGCUGCUGGACGUCAAGGGGCUCGAGCCGGUGUGCUGGAAUGUGAUCGCGGGCGACCUGGUGCACAACGUCGCGGACGGGGUGGCCAUCGGGGCGGCGUUCCUGAGCUGCAGCACGACCAUGGGCUGGACCGUCGCCGCGUCCGUGGUCCUCCACGAGGUACCCCACGAGGUGGCCGACUUCAUGGCGCUCCUAAAAGGGGGCAUGAGCCUCAUGCAGGCGUUUGUCUACAACUUUCUGUCGGCCCUGUCGGCCGUGCUUGGCACCGUCAUCAUCCUCGCGGUGCAAGACACGCUAAGCGAGAAGGACAUCGCGAUCGUGCUCCUGGUUGGCGCGGGGUCCUUCAUCUUCAUCGCCCUCUCCGAGCUGCUGCCGGGAGCUCUCACCGUCGCCGCCCUCGUCGCCAGAAAGGGCGGGGGCGCCAUUGCGCGCUCUCAGGUGCUCAAGCUGGGAUCGUUCCUUCUGGGGGCGAUCGUUAUCGGCAUCCCUCUGCUCUUCGACGAACACUGCGGCACCGGCCACGAUCACGACCAUUGAAUUGAUCGCACUAAGACACAGGCGCGGUAUGUUUCUGCAACGGUUAGGCCGUCAUGGCUUCCGAGGGCGCCACUAUUCUAGCAACGUGGUUUAUUGGUUCGCAAGCUGGGUCUAGGCAACGAGUGUUUGUUUUGGUCUCGAGUGCUUUGGCCGUUCGGUUGCGAUCAAGCAGUUGUACAUAUAUUUCAAUCACGCAUGAAUUGUUCCGUUUUGGGCCACACCCCGCGCGCGAAGAAAAUAUUUCACGAAGUUGGAGAUACUUGUAUGGCACACCUGACGAAACCGCUGUGAGACAGGCCUAUAGGCCUUGCUUGUUUAAUGUCGCGUGUGAGUCAUGCUGAAGUUGGAAAGGGGGGCGGGCGGAGGUUUCCAGAAAUGGGUGUGCGUGGGGGUGGGCGGUGUACUCAUAGUCGU